AAACCAGCCUUUGUUUUGACUUCCUUGUUUUUUUUUUUGGUCUCAUACCACUGUCAGUUCCGCAACUUUACUUUCAGUCAUAUGAUGUCUGAAGAGUAAGGUCAGAUCUGUGUGCCGCACUGAAAUGGGAGCUUUAGCCGUCUUUCCUUUGCUUUUAUUGAUCCUGCAGAUCGGGGCCAACAGUGCCAAAUACGAACCCAACUGGAAGUCCAUCGACUCCAGACCGCUGCCAGAAUGGUAUGACCAGGCAAAGUUCGGCAUCUUCAUACACUGGGGUGUCUUUUCUGUCCCGAGCUUUGGCAGCGAAUGGUUCUGGUGGUACUGGCAGAAGCAAAAGCAAAAGCCAUAUGUGGACUUCAUGCAGAGGAAUUAUCCUCCAGACUUUAAGUAUCAGGAUUUUGCACCGCUGUUCACUGCUGAGUUCUUUGAUGCCAAAGAAUGGACCGACAUCUUCGCCUCAUCAGGAGCAAAGUACAUCGUUCUGACCACAAAACACCAUGAAGGUUUCACACUCUGGGGCUCAAAGAACUCCUGGAACUGGAAUGCGGUGGAUAUUGGACCAAAGAGAGACCUGGUGGAUGAAGUGGUGACAGCUCUUCGCAAUAACGGUGACAUUCGUGUAGGGUUGUAUCACUCCCUCUUCGAAUGGUUUAACCCGCUCUUUGAGCUGGACGCUGCCAAUGUCUUCACUACAAACUACUUUCCUACCAGUAAAACGCUGCCUGAGCUUUAUGAGCUUGUUGUCAAGUACAAACCAGAGGUGCUGUGGUCUGAUGGAGAUGGAGAUGCACCUGACAAGUACUGGAACAGCACUGGUUUCUUAGCUUGGCUCUAUAAUGACAGUCCAGUACGUGACACGGUGGUGACGAAUGAUCGGUGGGGCUAUGGCUCCAUCUGCACACACGGUGGAUAUUACACCUGUUCUGAUCGCUACCAGCCAGGACACCUGCUCAAGCACAAAUGGGAAAACUGCAUGACCAUUGACAAAAAGUCCUGGGGUUACAGACGUAACGCUCCUCUCAGUGAUUACCUCACCAUCGAUCAGCUUGUGUCGACACUGGUGGAGACUGUGUCCUGUGGAGGAAACCUGCUGAUGAAUAUUGGCCCCACACAUGAUGGAAGAAUCGCUCCGAUCUUUGAGGAGCGUCUGAGGCAGAUUGGUCAGUGGCUGAAAGUGAAUGGGGAGGCCAUCUAUAACACAACAGCAUGGCGAGCUCAGAAUGACAGCCUCACUCCAGAUUUGUGGUACACGUUCAGACCCCAGGAAAAAAACAUCUUUUCCAUCUUACUCAAGUGGCCAAAUAAUGGAUCAGUGAUUCUCAAUGAGCCAGUGGUUACUGGGCAAACUCAGGUGGUGCUUCUUGGGUAUGGCCCUCUGAAGUGGGAGCCUGUAAAGCCCAGUGGGCUGCAGGUUCACCUGCCCCAGCUGUCCUUUAGCCAGAUGCCAUGCCAGUGGGCCUGGACACUGAAGCUGACUGGUGCCACUUAAAGGAAAAUCACAUCACAUGAAGAGGAACUGAUGGAGCAGAAAGGAAGGAUUAUACAUACGCUUAGACGGAUGAGUGACAAAUUAAAGGAAAAAAUCAAUAUGAAAUAUCUUAGUAUUAAAUAAUUAUGUCAGAGCAGCUUCAUUGGCAAUUAUUCCAUAAGUGUCUGAAACUAAAUGAAGAGAUGGAACUUUGUACUUCUAAAAGAUAUUCCCUAAAUUUUUUCUGGUGACGGGGAAACUGCUGUCAGUCCAGAAAUAUGUGUUCUAAGACCAUCAUUUUUAUGCUCCUCAAAACUGAAACCUUUUAUACUCCUCAGGGCAGAAAUUGUUAUUACAGGAUAAGA